AUGGUGACCUGGGACGAGGAAGAGACUGAUGCGCCGAGUCAAACCCCGACCACAUCAGAGCUCACAGAAGCCCCAACUACGGAGCCAACUGUUGAACCGACGGCAGAACCCACACUAACACCAACCACUUUGGAGCCCACCAUCGAACCAACAACGUUGGCACCAACAAUCAAGCCGACGCUCAAACCAAUAUCCUCAGCACCGACGGUAGCUCCUUCGGCAACACCAACUUCAGCAACGCCAGUCCAAACAUCUUCCCCAACCAAGCGAGGUCUACCUGCACCGUUUCAAUGCGGCUUGUGUCCAGACUAUCGAUUUCCCGGAGCUCACGAGAAAAUUUUUGCGAAUGGAGCCAUCUCAGCGACAUGCCUUGAGCUCGAUGUCAUGUUGACGUCUACGGAGGAGAACGAAGAAUGCAUCGAGCUGAUGGACCAAAUAGGAUACGAAAUUGACGUUUGGAGCUUUUGUGAAUGCCCUGGUAUUGAUCCUCCUGGGCUAUGCGAGCUGUGUCCAGGUGUUUCUAAAGCCGAAGUCCCCCAAAAUAAAAUGGUGGAUGGGCUUUUCUGCUCCGAAUGGGCUCAUUACGCAGAGAACGCGCUGGACGAUGCGUAUUGUGCCAACCUGCAGCAAAGGGUUGGCACAGCGGGGACGUGCUGUCCAUACCACUACGGCUUGCAGACCUUGCAAGUCUACGCAAAAAAGAACCCGUGA